UGGCGUCGUUACUUUGGGGAGGCGACGCCGGGGCGGCGGAGAGCGAGCGGCUGAACAGCCAUGGCGAAAUGAAGACCCCUAGAAGUCCCGGGAGAGAAAGCAGCUGGUAGUCCCAACUAGACCUUGGAGUUUUCUGCUCUCCCAAUUUGACCAUUGGGCCUCGGCUAGCUUCCAUCUUACCGACCACCACGCUUUGCUACCCACAUCCCUUCCUCGUGCUGUGACCCCCAAGGACUGCCACAUUUAGAUUAGAGGACUGUAAAGAGGCACUUAAGUUUUCAAACCUCAUCCAUCCCCGGAAGAACCUUCGGGGUAUUAAGAGUACUACAGUCCCAAACAUAGAUGGUUCUAUUAAUAACAUGGAAGAAGAUGUUGAAGAAGAUGUAGUGGAUUUGGCAGCUAAUUCACUCUUAAACAAGUUAAUCCGGCAGUCCUUAGUGGAAUCCAGUCACCGAGUUGAAGUCUUACAAAAGGAUCCCAGCUCUCCACUCUACUCAGUGAAAACAUUUGAAGAGCUGCGGCUGAAGGAAGAGUUAUUAAAAGGGAUCUAUGCAAUGGGAUUUAACAGACCAUCCAAAAUCCAAGAGAUGGCUCUCCCUAUGAUGCUGGCCCACCCACCCCAGAACCUCAUAGCCCAGAGCCAGUCUGGAACAGGAAAAACAGCUGCUUUUGUCUUGGCAAUGCUAAGCAGAGUUAAUACCUUGGAAUUGUUCCCACAGUGCCUCUGCCUAGCUCCUACUUAUGAACUGGCUUUGCAAACUGGUCGUGUGGUCGAACGGAUGGGAAAAUUCUGUGUGGAUGUUCAAGUGAUGUACGCCAUUCGAGGGAAUCGCAUUCCCAGAGGCACCGACGUCACCAAACAGAUUAUAAUUGGCACUCCUGGAACUGUCCUAGAUUGGUGUUUCAAGCGAAAAUUAAUUGACUUGACUAAGAUUCGUGUGUUUGUCCUGGAUGAAGCAGACGUGAUGAUUGACACACAAGGAUUCUCAGAUCAAAGCAUUCGUAUUCAGAGAGCUUUACCUUUGGAGUGCCAGAUGCUUCUCUUCUCAGCGACCUUUGAGGAGUCUGUGUGGCAGUUUGCAGAGCGAAUCAUUCCAGACCCUAAUGUUAUCAAGUUACGAAAGGAGGAGCUGACCCUGAACAACAUCCGACAGUAUUACGUGCUGUGUGAGAGUAGGAAAGACAAGUACCAAGCCCUGUGCAACAUCUAUGGCGGCAUCACCAUCGGGCAGGCCAUCAUCUUCUGCCAGACUCGUCGAAAUGCCAAGUGGUUGACUGUGGAGAUGAUGCAGGAUGGCCACCAAGUGUCUUUGUUAAGUGGAGAGCUGACCGUGGAUCAGCGAGCCUCCAUCAUUCAGAGGUUUCGGGAUGGGAAAGAGAAAGUUCUUAUAACAACCAAUGUCUGUGCUCGAGGGAUCGAUGUGAAGCAGGUCACAAUUGUUGUGAACUUUGAUCUCCCUGUAAACCAAGCUGAGGAGCCAGACUAUGAGACCUACCUUCACCGCAUAGGGCGGACAGGACGCUUUGGGAAAAAGGGCCUCGCUUUCAACAUGAUUGAAGUGGAUAAGCUGCCCCUGCUUAUGAAGAUCCAGGAUCACUUUAACAGCAGUAUUAAGCAACUCGACCCUGAAGACAUGGAUGAAAUUGAAAAGAUUGAAUAUUGAAGAUAGAACUCUAUUGCUUGUGAAAUAUCCUAGUUUAUGUCAGAAUGUCCCAGUGGGUUUCAAAGGUAAUUUUUUUCCGUUGGGGCUUUUACAAAGUGAAACUGUUAAAUAUGGCAAAAUAAAUGUCAUGGUAGCCUUAGUCUUAAGACCUGAGGUCUUUCUGAAACCAGAUUGGCGUGAAGCACAUGAUCUUUUUGAAUAAAAAAGCAAGAUUAUUUCUUAUUCUAA